AAAUACUCAAAGAGCUUUUACUCAUUUUAUAACAGAGAUUUUUCAUUCAAGAUUUUAUUCCGGAAGUUAUUUCAUCAAAUUUCCUCUUGAUGCAGUGUACAAAUGGAUAGGUUGAAUCAGUUGCGGGGCGAAGCGGGGUGUUCUCGGGAUUCGACACUGGAUACAACCUCGCCGCCGAGCGAGGCUUUCAUGACCGCUAACGAGAGCUCCUCCAAGUACUUCUCUCUCUCAGAAGUGGACUCAACAUUCGACAUUUCCCCCAUAAAGGAUGUAUCGUUGCCGUCGACCACCAUUAGCACGGAUAGCACCGUCAAUGACUCGGACCAACUGAUAUCUAAUUUGUCGCCAAUUGUGAAAAAGAAUGAUCUAUUAGAUAGCUAUAAAAUUGGCAAACAAAUUGAGGCCGCUAACAUUCUCUCGGGCGGUGUAAACAUAUUUGAUGACAAUGACAACUCAUAUGAUGGUGAUGAGCUCAUAAUUGAUGACAAUGUUGAUCUUGAUGACAAAUCUAACUCGGACAUAAAGGAUUCUGAUACUGUUCAAUUCAAACAAGGUGAUAAUACUGAAGUUACUGCAGUGAACACAGAAACUGCGACUGCAAGCAAGGAUACAGAGGUAGUAUUGCAAAUAGAUGGUAAAAAUGUGGAUGCUAUUGACAUUGGGAAUGGACUAUAUUUGUACAGGAAAGAGGGACAGGAGGAGCUCGCAGCGGUACAGAUAAUUGAUGAUGAUCAGCAACAGCCAAGUUUUAAGUUUCUCAAAGUCCGUGAAAAUGCUGAGGGAAACUUAGAAGUUUAUGAGGAAAUACAAAUAGAAGUAACCAAAGAAGUGCCUACCAAACAAGAAAAGAGUGUGAAUAAGAAUGUACCACAUGUUCCCAUAAAGGACAUAAAUAAAGUUAUGAGUGAUCAUUCAAGCAACAAAGUUGCUGAAAAAGAUAAUAAGGCUCUUUAUGAAGAGCCAACUUCAACGAAAAAGGACAUAGAAAAUGAGCAAAAUAAGGAUUUACAAUCAGAAACUAAAACUGAAGUAAAUGUUAAUGGAAAGAUGAUGAAGUUUAGUGAAGCUAGAAAAUCUCCCUUAAUUGGUAGCUUCACACCAAUGACUUACCACUCAACUCCAAAUAAGGAAGGUAUUCCUCUUACAAAAACCAUGGUGGACCAACAGUUACAUCCGAAUAGGCAUUCAGAUAAUAUAAAGAAAACUAUUGAAGUCCACACUGAUAGUUCCAAACAAAGAACAUUAGAAUCGCAAAAUAAAUUAAAAGGGAUUGUUGGUGAAAAUAAAUCACCAGAUUUUACUGUCGUAUCGAAAGAAACAGAAUGUUUAAAUGAGAACUGUAACAAAGAUUUAAAUCCUGUCAGUGCUGACCCAGUUAAAAUCGUACAAAAUCAUACAAGUAAUGAAAAUAAAUAUACAGAGGAGGCAACUAAAAAAUCUAAUGAAAUAUCUACUAUUCCUAAUAGUAUUAAUGAAAGUGAAAUUAAUAAACAAAAACAAAGUGUAAAUGCUAAUAAGACUAUUGAUAUGAAAGAACAAUCUAUUGAUGCAAAUAAAUUAGUAGUAAUUGAAAAGGCUGUAGAAAAACCAGAAGUUACCCAUAACAAAGCAAAUGAACCACAAAAUAAGGAAGAUUCGAUUAUUAAUUGUAAUGAUAAUAUAAACAAUAUUAUUACUAACAGUGUUUCAACUAAAUUAAACCCAUUUGAAAGAAAAAUUGUGGAUACAAAAGAAAAUAAAGAGCAUUAUGACAAUAAAGCGGACAAUAAAAUACAAGAUAAUAAACAACAUAUUUUAGUUACACAAAAUAAAAAUGAUAAAGUUACUGGGUCUGAUUUGAAACCAUCAGUUACACAGGCUACAGAUACACUAUUAUUACAAAAACACACGAAUAUAUCUGAAACGAAACAUGUAUCUAAAGAAGUGUGUAUUAUUGAAGACCAAUGUAGAGAUAAUGUAAAACAUGAUACUUUGAUGAAGAGUGAAAAAAAGAAUCAAGAAUUUGCAAGCAAUGUAUCAAAUGAAAGUAAACACCCUACCGACGUAAUUGAUCAAAAAUUUAAAACGGAAUCUUUAAAAAUGAAUACAACAACAACAGAACAUUUAAAUACAACUGCAAAACCUCUUAUCAAUGAAAUUUCUAAUAUUAAUUGUACACUUUCCAUAACAGACAGUAAAAUUACGCCAAAUAAAACGGAAGUGCAAGUUUGUAAUGAUGACAAUAAAGACAAAAAAAGUGAUUCUAAAGUGACUGUAUCUGCCAUACCAACCACUUCUCAACCCAAAACGGUUAUGACAGAUAAGAAUGAUAUACAGAAAGUUAACAGUACCAUACCAAAACCUACAGAUUAUAACCAAACAGGUGUUCCGUUUGGUCUAUGGACAGAAGAAAAUAAACAAGAGUUUAUUAAUAAAAUGAAAGAAAUGGCAGAAACCAAAGUUCCUACAACUAGUUCUAAUGGAAAACAGAUUAAAAAUUCUAAUGAUUUGAAUAGACGAGAUGUUUUAAAAAAAAUUGAUAGUCAAAGACAAUCCAGUAUGGCAAAAACACAGGAAGGAGGACCCUCAGGUAUUCCCAGACCAGGGACAAUAAAAAAAGAAUUGAAUGUCUUUACUAACAAAUCGUUAAUAUUUCAAGAUAAGAAGGUAGUUAUAAAACCUGAGUCUAUUGUAAAAGUUACACCUAUAUUAAUUAAAAACACAACAAAGCACGAAAAUAUCUCGAAAUCUCUAAAAGAGACCCCUGACACCACAACAUUUGUAGCAGUAGAUAAAAAGGAAAGCACUCAACGAAAGGAAAUUAAUAAUCAAGAAUUAAUUGAUAAAACAAUUGAGGGUAUUAUUAACAGAGUAGUCCCAAAUAAACAUAAUACAGAAGAAGGUAGUCCAGAACAUACAGAAAAUAAUACAGAUAAUUUAGAUGAUUUGGAGAUAAAAAUGAAUAAAAUACAUGGAAUAUCAUUUGGUGGAAAACCUCAAGAUGAAGUAUCCUCAGCGUCCGAUAAACCGACUUUUAAAACAUAUUCAAAACUAGAAAGUGAUAAAUCUUUAAUUAAACAUAACAAAUUGCCAAAUUUAUUACCAUUUAUCAAUAAAACACAAAAUAAUGCCAAUGAAAACGUUAUAGAUAUUUAUUCUGAGGAAGAAAUUAUAGAACACGAGCCAAUAACGGGUGAUAUUGAACAAAAUAAAAAAAAUGUUUUGCUCAAAACAUCAACAAAAGAGAAGAUUCUAUUACCCGAAUCUCUGACUGUAAAAAACAAUGACGAUUCUAAAAAGGAAUCCAUUAUAACAGAAAAAGAUUUUGAUAAAUUUGCUAGAAGGAAUUCUAUAACAUAUGAAAAUUGUUUAAAAGUUAAUUUUGAUGGUGGUGAAUCACACAAUGUGAUUAAAACUGUCGUUGAAAAAGACGUCUCUGUUAAAUGUAAUUCUAAACAAAAUAAAAUUGAACCCAGACAUGUUGACAAUAAAAUAAAACCAACUCAAAAUUCCCUAACCCACAUUCAUAAUAAUCAAUCUAAAAAUAUGUCUACAGCAGUUAGUGUUGGACUAUUCUCAGAUGUUUCUCAUAAAACUUACCCUUCUAAAGUCAAAAUGGCUUAUCAAUCAGUAAUGACUGCUAAGCGACAUUUAGAACAGCCCCUUACUUUUAUUGAAGACAAACCAGUGAAAGUUGUUUAUAUGGAUACCAAUGUAGAAUACAUUCCAAGUCAAUUAAAUGUUCAAGGUAAGGAAUUAAAGUCAGCUAUGAAACAAAAUCCUAUUAUUGAUAUGAAUACUCACAGUUCCUGUGAUUCUUUAGAUUCAGACCUGAUGGAGGCUAAUGAGGAGGGAAAAUCUCAAGAAGACAUUAAAAUUAAAAGCAGACAUCAAAGAAAACAAGUUUUAACUCCAGUUGAAACACCUGAAUUGGAACUUAUUGAACCCGAAGAUUUAGGAUUUGAUAACUCUCCUAAAAAGAAAAGGAAAACAGAUGAAUGUAAAUUUGAAAAAAAUACAAAGGCUAUGGUUCCUAAGAAAUCAUAUUUGCUAGGACGUAGCAUUACAAUAGCAGAAGAUAAAGCAAUUCAUGUUACAAAACCAUUUGACAUGACAAAGAAUCUCCUUAAAGAUAAUUCUAAACAACACCAAGCUCAUCCAAGUCAUAAAGAUACUGUCUCAGCUAUAGACAAUUUAGUUCUAGCUGCAGCAUUAAUUGAAACACAAUCGGAAAAUAUUAAAAAUAACAUUAGCAGUGUUAAUAAGAUAGAUAUUCAAUCCAACAUACCAGUUAAAAGAGGAAGAGGUCGUCCAAGAAAAUAUCCUCCUCCUGAAUUAGAAUCUGAUAAGACAAAGAACAUUAAAUAUAUUCAGAAAAAGCCUAGAUUAAUAGACACAAAAGUGGAUGACUCCUUUACAGAGGAAGACGAUAGUAGUGAUGAUGGAAUAGUGAGAGAAAAUUGGACAAUGGGUAAAAUCAACGAAAAUAUUGUAUGUCCGAUAUGUAAUAAAUUAUUCAGAUCAGAGAAUGUUGUUUUCAAACACGUGAAACAUUGCACAGGUCCUUCACCUAAUCGAUCUGAAUCGGAUCGAAGAAGAUCGAGACAAUCACAAGAUUCUGUAACAACAGACAGUAGAGAUGAUGAAAUGGAAACUUUCCAAGAGGAUGUACCCAAGAAACGGAAAUCCAAAGAUAGGUCUCCUAAACAUACCACAAAUAAAGAUGAAAUAAUUGUAAUUGAGGACACUCCUAUUAAGGAAAAGACUGUAAAACGAGAACUGAAACAAGAAAGGAAAAUAAUUAAUAGUAAAACUUUUGAUAAUGUUAAUAACCUUGUGUGCGAAUUUUGUGGCAAGACAUUUAGACAAUUGUCAUAUCUAGUUAGUCAUAAAUUGCAACACAAUAAGGAAGAUUUAAAGAAAUGCAAAGAAACAGACCACCAGACUUUCAAAUCUGUAUUCAGUUGUGAAGUUUGCAAGAAAGAAUUUAGAAAAUUACAUCAUUUAGUUCAACAUAGAAUUAUUCAUAAUCCAAACAGCAAUAAUAGUGCUCGAUUAUCAAGGAAAAACUCUGUUGAGCGUAACGAAAAUAAAAUUGACAAAGCUUCUAACCGUACAGAAGAUCCAAGCGCUGGAUUCCGGUGUGAACCUUGUGACAAAUCUUUUAGAAAACUCCAUCACCUAGUUGAACAUAGAGAAACUCAUGAUGGCAUAAACAGACAAAAAAUUACGUCAUCUAUGCAAGUGAAUAACGAAAAAUCAAUAAUCCCAUCGCAAUGUGAAAUUUGUAAGAAAACGUUCAGGAAAUUGCAACAUCUUAUUGAACACAAACAGCAACAUUUGGAAACAAAUUCGGAAAAAUCUGAUAUUAAAAAUGCAAGAAGUUCUCUAUCAACAAGAGAUAUAAUACAUGAAUGUUCACUAUGUUAUAUGGUUUUCCCUAAUGAACACUCUUUAAAUAAGCAUACAAUAUUUUGUCAAAGAAAAAAGAAGCAGUCUGCUGCAAAACAGAUGAAACAAGAGAGUAAUGAUAUAAUUGAAGAAAAUGGUUCUGAUGAAAAUUCUAAACAAGAAGAAACUAUAAUAGUAGGAAGUAGCGAUGCGGAAUCUGUACUAGAAGGAAGAAGUUCAUGUGAUAAGGAAGUUGUACUGAAGCAAAAUUCAAAUAAUGAUAACACUGUGCACAAUGCAGAACUUCCAAAAUCAACAGACAAACCGCCUCACGAAGUAGUAAUAGAACCUAUAAAUAAAGCUAUUAUUCCACAACCUACAGUUGAGAAAAAUGUAGAAAAUAUUGUAAAAACCAUAGACAAAGAUGCUAAAACAUCGAAAAAUCAAUCUGAAACGCUUACAAGAGAUACAAAAACUGAAGAAAAGGAAGUAACAAAAAUUACGCCAAAGAAGAAGUUGAUAAAAGAAAAGAUCCAACCAAAUAUUACUAAACGUCAUAAAACUAUAAAUGCGCCAAUUCCCAUUAUAGGCGAUGCCAAAUCUAUUGAAUCUAGUGACGACGAUGAGGUUCGAUAUAUGCUUAACCCUAAUUUCAAAGUUGACAUGGACACAUCAGAGGGAAAAUCGUUUAUGAAAGUCAGAGCUAAAAAGAGAAAUUCACUUCAGAUCGAACGGCCUAAUUCUAAAGAUCUAGUCAAAAGACGGAUAUCAUUACAGCAUCCGCCUAAAGUUGCCCGAUUAAAAUCGAAAUCUAUUGAAAGUCAAACUAUGCCUACUAAUACAAGUUCUCUUGCGAAAAGUGCAAUUAAACCUGCAUUCGAAUCAGUGCCUUCUAUAGAUUCCGACGAUAGCGAUAUUAAAUACUCUUUCCCUAAAACUAUCCCCGAAAAGACUCAGAAGUCAGGGACACAUGAAUCUUCAAAGGACGAAAAGAAAAUAAAAAGAAAGCCUUUGGGAGAAAAAAGGAAAUCGCUUAGUGGUAUUGCGAAGCGAAAAUCACUGGGAAAGAUCAUUGCAGCGAAACCCAAAAUGAAGGCAUCUCCUAUAAAACAGAUAAAAAGACGGACAGCUGAAGCUGAGCACAGAUGCGACUGUGGACAAUUAUUUAGCAGCGCUGCGCUGCUAUCUCGGCACACUACCAUAGCUCACACGCCACCACGGAUACGUAGACGGCGAUCACCUCCCCCAGAAAUCGACACUAAAACCGUCGUGAAAUCUUCCGCACAAAAAUCGAUCGUUAUUGGUAAGACAAGAAAAAGUGUAGACUUGAGAAAAUCUAGUGUCAAAAGCGACGCAAGCAAUACUUCUACCAAACCAGAUAAAACGACUAGGAAGUCAGUUGUUGACAAAAGUGAUGGUAAAACACCUGCUCGGAAGUCAGGUGAAGCGUUGUUGAAAAGCGGCGUGUCUUCCAUGAAGCCUAGGAGAAACGCCGCCCAUGCUGGAGUGCCUGUACCCAUAAAAAUGAGAAAACUCAUGGAGCGAAUUAAAAAAUAAACUUUACAUUAAGUGCGGCAGGACUCGUUUGUUGCAUCUGUACUAAAGCGAGAGUGUUAAGCGUUUGGACUGAAUUUACAUUUCCUAGAAUAUUUUUUGGAAAUGGUAGGCUAGUUUAUAUUUAGGCGAAUCGCUAGUUAUAAUUAUAUGUAAAGUCACGCAUCACAACGCUCUCAAUAAUGUAACAGACGGACCAUUGUAUGUAUCAUAGGAAUAUUUUUACAUGUUGAUAAAGAGGGACAUCUAUAAAAAAUAUUUUUAUCGUGCGUCAAUAAAUCGUUGAUCUUGUUUAUAUGUAAAUUUGAGAAUAUAAGAUUACCUAUAGUUAUAUUUUGUCAAUUUGUUCUAGAGGUUAGGUAUAAGUAUAUGUGUAGGAGAAUAAUUAUUUAUAUUUUGUUAGUUAUAAGAAAUGAAGUAAC